AUGGAUGAUACACUUCUCCGAGGCCAUACCUGCCUGCACUGCCAGAAGCUCAACCUCUGCGGAGAACUGGAAAGUGUUUUCGUGAAUACAAACUUGGACUUGGGGGGCUCCAGCUCCCUCCCUUGGUCCAUGAAAUUUACUGGGAUAUAUCUCAGCGAUCUACAAGAAGGUGCGCGCAAUGGCUGCAGCCUGGGGAAGUAUCUCGCUUCGCAGCUUGGAGAAGGGUACCCAGAAAGUUUGAGUCCGCAUGAUUUGAAAGUGUACACUGAUGAUUGGUGCUUUCAUGGUCUGAUACCUCUGGAGAAGACUCUCUCAAGGGAUCAAAAGCCUGAAUUCUCAAUCAAUGAUCAUUAUGUUAGUGCUCCAUCACAUAAAGGAAAGACUUAUGCUGAGUUCCCGACUUAUCACAUCACAACGGAUCAGAAGGUCGAACGUGACGGACUGCCAAACCUUUUGACCCGAAAGCCAAUAGUUGCUGAUCCCCUGUCAGAUAUCACAGCGGCGAGCAUUAGGAAGUGGAAAGGCAGAUGUGACUUCAGCAAAUCUCAAGCCCAUAAGAUCUGCUCCAAGCCAAGUCCGAAAUUCCUCCCUACUCGACUUAUCGAGAUUGUCAGAAUUGAUAGCGAUCAGAAGCCUUGCGUGAGGCUCGUUGAAGGAAGUUCGCUUAACGCAGACACUGAGUACACAGCUCUGAGCUAUUGCUGGGGCGGUGACUUGAAGAAUUGUUUAAAAGAAGGCAACAAAGACUCGUACCGCACCGAGGUCCCUUGGAAGCACAUUCCUAGGACAAUUCAGGAUGCUAUUCUGACAUCGCAUAAGCUUGGAAUUGGCUUCAUCUGGGUGGAUUCACUCUGCAUCAUUCAAGACAGCAAAACAGCCGAUAAGGACCUUGAAAUUAGUCAGAUGACCGAAGUGUAUACCCAUGCAGCUCUCACGAUUGCAGCCAGAAGGGCUCCAGACGCCGAUGCCGGCUUUCUUCACCCGAGAUCAGUUCCUUCAGGAACAACUAUCGUGGAAUUCCGCGACGACAAUGGAGAAACAAGACGAGGCACAUUGACGUUCGAGGCUGCGGAACGGUAUGAAGAUCAAAAUAUCUUGGACACGCGUGGUUGGACAUUGCAGGAAUAUGUACUGUCUCGUCGAUUGCUGAUUAUCGGAUCAUGGACAACUACGUGGUCCUGUCGCAAGGAACGCAAGGGAAACUGUGACGGAUGGAGUCUGGAUAGAGAUCUAGGUGACCCAUUCCAGAAUGACGCAACUUGGGCUUCGGGUGGCAGCACAGAGUUCACAGGCGCGCACCGUCUCGAUGCUAUUGCAUUCUUUGGCACUCAUCCCGACUACGACCAGCCAAGGCCUGAAGACCAGCUCAUUAAGUGGGAGUGGUAUGAGCUGGUUGAGCUAUACACCAGACGAAAUCUCACAAAGAGAACUGAUAGGAUUCUCGCAAUAUCAGGCCUGGCGCAGAUUUUCAGUCCCAUGCGUGGAGGAGAAUACGCCGCUGGGCUAUGGGUGAAAGACAUGCCUGAAACGCUCCUGUGGGAAAAUAGCUCUGCAGCUUUGAAUCCACGGCCAAGCGAUCAGGGGCCGUCCUGGUCUUGGACGGCCAUUAACGGUAUAGCCGAGUUCAGUAAAAGCCACGAUCAAAAUGUCUUAUCGGUGGAGUGUAUUGAAUGUGAGCUCGGUCAGCCAGGAGCUCCCUUUGGAUAUGUGAAACGCGGUGCUCUUCGUGCCACGGGACCUGCACUGGACCUAGAGUGGAAAUGUUGCACAAGUCCAUCUAGUUGCAAGUAUUUUAAGGGGCAUCAUCUGAGAUACUUGACUCCUGAUAGAGGAUAUGUCAACGCCCCAAUUGUCUUUCGUCCCGAUGCAAAAGAGCCUGAUUGGGACUGGACCACAGUUACAUUACUUGCUGUCAAGGCUGAUGAGUGCAUCGACAGCACGGAAGGCUUGGUCUUGCGAAAGAAGGAUGAUACCAAUUACUCAAGGUUGGGCUACUAUAGUGGAUCGAGUCACCCCCAUAUAGACUGCCCCUUGCCCAUGGUCAAGAAAUGGGGUCUUAGAACUUUUACUAUCGUAUAA